AUGAAGUUCUCCGACGUCCUGACUCUCUCCGUUGCCUUUGCCACUGCUGCCAAUGCCAGCCCUAUGCGGCGCACUGAGGAGGUUGAUAUUACCUUCAUCGGCGCUGCCGAUGCUCAAUUCUCUCAGAGCUUCCCCGUUGAUGGUUCUCAGGUGUCAAUCACCAAUCCUCUGAGCAUUUCGCACAUCUCAUCCAGCACCAAUGGCGUCUUUUGCACUUUCCAUGGCGUUGACAACAGUGUCACAGCCGUGAACGGUGCCGAGAGUGUCGACGUUGGACCUCCUCAGACCCAAACCUCCGGAUCAUGCCAAAAGUUGUGGCGUCGUGACACCGCACAAGUCUCGGUCAGCUUCAUCGGUGCUGCCGAUGCCAAAUUUUGGCAGGACUUCCCGCUUGACGGUUCCGCUGUGCAAAUCAGUGAGUCUGCACCUGUUCGUGAUGAAGAGGAUGCUAACCCCCUGAGUAUCUCCCACAUCGAGAUCGAUGCUUCUGGCGCGUCUUGCACUUUCAAGGGAGUUGACCAGAGUGUUACCACCGUCCCUGGACCCUCCACUAUCGACGUCGGUCCUCCUCAGACCCAGGUCGAGGGUACAUGCAGGGCCGUCUGA